CCCCUUUCCCAAAUCAACCGCACGACGCACCAGCCACCAACCGAACCCCCCCCCCCUACUCGAAGCCUAACCCGACCCGAGCUCCAGGGUCCCGUCCACCCCGCGCGCUCGCCCCCCUCGCCUCUGCGCCGCGCCGGCCGCCGGGAGCGAGCCGGGCACCUCCCGGGAGGGCGAGGUGCUUCAGUUCUUGGAUGAACUGCGAAGGAAUUGGGAGCAAGAAGGCGUGAUGUUUACUCCGCAGGGAAAGGGGUGGACCGGGUGGUCGACGCCGACUCAGGCGAACCAGCGGAGCGGUGGCGGCGCUCCGGCCGCGUCGGCGCCCCAUGGAAAGGGGAAAGGAAGGGUCGCCGAGCUUGAGCAGGAGUUACAUGAAUAUCAGUACAAUAUGGGGCUGCUCUUGAUUGAAAAGAAAGAAUGGGUGGCCAAACUUGAGGAAAUCAGUCAAGCGCUAGCACAGAAAGAGGAAAUUUUGAAGCGGGAACAAGCUGCACAUUUGAAUGCUAUAUCAGAAUAUGGAAGGCGGGAGGAGAACAUGCGGAAAGCACUGGGUGUUGAGAAACAAUGCGUUGCUGAUCUCGAAAAAGCUCUGCGUGAAAUACGUGCAGAGAUAGCUGAGGUUAAAUUUAUGUCCGAGAAAAAGAUAACAGACGCUCAGUCUCUUGAGGCCAGUUUGGAGGAAAAAACCUUGGAGAUUGAGGGAAAGCUUCAUGCUGCAGAUGCCAAACUUGCAGAGGCAAACCGUAAGAAGUCACAAGCUGACCGGGAUUUAGAAGAGGUUGAAGCUCGUCAACGUAGAUUGGAAAAGGAGAAACUGUAUUUUGAGACUGAGCGGAAGGCACGAGAAAAGCAACUUAAGGAGCAUGAAGAAUCACUGCAGGAAUGGGAUAAAAAGCUUAAGGAAAGUCAGAAUAGACUUGUUGAUUUACAGAGAUCUAUAAAUGAUCGAGAGGAGAGAGCAAACAAGAAUGACCAACUUUUCAAGAUAAAACAAGAUGAACUGGAGGAGGCAAGAAAGGCAGUGGAAGCAACUAAAAUUGAUUUGAAAGUCAAAGAGGAUGAUAUUAACAAAAGACUAAAUGAUUUACGUUCACAGGAAAAGGAUGCUGACUCAAAGUGCCGGGCAUUGGAGGAGCGAGAAAAAGAAUUGGUUGAGAGGGAAGAAAAGGCCAAUGCUAGAGAAAAAGUGGGUCUUCAGAAGCUUCUUGAGGAUCAUCAGGUGAAGCUUGAAUCCAAAAGACGGGAUUUUGAAUUAGAGUUAGAGAGGGAGAGGAAGUCCUUUGAUGAAAAGUUGAUGCAGAAGGAAGCGGAUUUGGUGCAAAGGGAGAAAGAUGUCAAAUCUUUGGAGAUUAAACUUUCUAAAAGUGAGCAGGCAUUGAAUGACAAGAAGAAAACAAUGGAAGGUUGGCAGAAUGAUCUUGAUGCCAAAUCCAAAGCUCUGAAGAGGUGGGAGGAAUCACUGAAAAAUGAAGAGAAAAAGUUACUGGAAGAAAAGCAGCAAAUGGAUCAUGAAAGAAAGCAAGUUGAGACAUACAAAUCAGAGCUUGAAAGGAUCAAAUCCGCGAUAGAAGCUGAGAAGGAAAUAAUAUUAGAAGAGCAGCGGAAUCUGAAACUCACAGAGGAAGAGAGACAGGAGCAUAGCACGCUGACAGAAAAACUUAAGAAGGAGAUUGAGGAAUACAGGAUGCGAAGCAACUCGCUCUCUGAGGAAAUUGAAGAUUUGAGGAAGCAGCGGGAGAAGUUUGAAGAAGAGUGGGAAUUGCUAGAUGAAAAAAGAGCUCGCCUAGAAGAGGAGGACAAGAAGCUGAAUAAUGAAAGGAUCAAUUUAGAAAGGUGGCGUGACAGUGAAGAAAAGAGGUUAAAUGAUACAAAGCUCGAAAUGGAAGAAAAAUACAAGGAACAGCUGGAGAUUCUUGAACACAAGGAAAAAGCUUUGAAUGAUGAUAUAAAGCACAAGCAAAUGGAGAAUGAUGAAUUUCUGAAGGGAGAACGUGCUGAUCUUCAGCGUAAGUUGCAGCUCCAUCGGCAUGAACUGGAGAUGGAGAUGGAGCAAAAACAAGCAAGUAAAGAGAGAGAACUGGAAGACAAGGAAAACACGUUAAAUAAGAAAAAGGAUUUUGUGGAAAAUAAUCUUAGACAUGCAAUUGAGUUGAAUGAGUCCAAGAUUCAGAAGAUAAUAUUGGAGAAGCAGCAGCUGCAGAUUCAAAGAGAAGCACUACUGGCAGACAGACAAAAACUGGAAAUUGACAAGGUAGAUAUUAGAAGAGACAUUGAUAGUCUUCACUUGCUGAGCAAUAGCUUGAAACUACGUCGAGAAGCAUAUAACAGGGACAGGGAUAACCUCAUAGAUUUAUUUGAAAAGUACAAGGUGUGCAAAAACUGUGGGAUUUCUAUUUUCGAGGGACUAGAUUCUCUGGCUCUUAAAGACAGCGUUGAAAUUGAGCACCCAAGUUUGACUGUUGAGGGAGAUGAUCGUUCCUUGAACGCUGAUACAUUAGCUCAAGAUACAGGAGCCCUUGUUAAUUCAGGUGGCCGUUUAUCUUUGUUGCAGAAGUGUUCGAGGCUUUUCAAGUUCUCUCCUAGAAAAAAGGGUGAGCAGUCAUCAGAACAGCCAGCAGAGAAUGACAUACCUUUUGGUGCAAGACUGGAGGAAGCAUCACAGAGCGAUGGAGAUUAUGAGCCAACUCCUGUCUAUGAGAUAGCACAUGAUUCUUUUGAUGCAGAGGAUCUCCCUUCUGACAGUGGAGCAAGGGAAAAUGAAGAGUCUGAAAGGCAUGACAUAGCAGAUGAUGUCCAGAUGGAGUCUUCUGUUGGCGUAGCAGAUAAUGGUAUAGAUAUUCUUGGAACCCAGUCAUUUGAUGGCACUAACGACAUGGCAGCUGAUGCAACUAUUGCCUCUGUUGAUCAAAAUGGAAAGGAGUCUGCAGCUCCUGCUGAAGCAGACUUACAGCCUGAAACAUCAAAGCAAGGACGACGCCAACAAAACAGGAAGGCUAGAGGAAAAGGUGGUGUGAAAAGGACACGGUCUGUUCGUGCUGUAGUUGAAGAUGCUAAAGCGAUACUUGGCGAGACUUCUGAGGAGAAGAAUGAUGGUCAGGGAGAUUCAGUUGCGGUGGGUGGUACACGGAAGCGGCGUUUUGCUGGAUCCACAAUAAGUGAACAAGAUGAAGAAGACAGUGAAGCACAAUCAGAAAGUGUUUCACUUGGAGGGCAGCGUCGCAAGAGGCGGCAAACUGCUGAGGCAGUGACACAAGCCCCAGGAGAAAAGCGUUACAAUUUGAGACGCGGUAGAGUUGCAAAUGCUGCCGCUGCAACAGCCCAAGCUGACAAAAAGAAAGCUGCAAAGGCAGGAAGUAAACAUACAGUAGAAGCUACUGGUGAUGGCACGGAAGGAACCUCAAAGGUUGAGGAACCUGCUGCUGGGAGCAAGAGGGCCUCUGAAUCUGCAGAUUAUGGUGCAUCCCAGUUGCAUGACUUUUUCCAGGCUGAAGUUGGCGAUGCCCACCCUCCUGUAGAGGGCGCUGUUGAGGAGGAUGCCGAUAUUGCGGAUGGUAAAGAUGCAUUGCCAGAUGUGCCUAUGACUCCAUCUGGAAGCGAGCUUGGGGCAGAACAGGACGAUGAUGACGAUGACGAUUCCGAGAAGCGAAACCAAUCAAUCGGGAAGAAGCUAUGGUCUUUCUUCACUACAUGAUGAUUGAAGAGGCUGCAGCAUAGAUUGUUUCUAGCGUUUUUGUUUCCAAUUCAUGAUAUCUCAUUCUUGAAACUGUAGAGCGUAUGCUUGGUGGUGAUGUACUACUAGAGUUUCCACAUAAUUAUGCUGUCUUUCCCAUGUAAUUGAAAUAUAUUUGCACUAGACCUAGCUUGAUGACGCUCACAGAAGUAGCUGAUGAGAUGUACGACGGCAAUGAUGCCUGUAACACCGGUAGCUUGGUUUGUAAUUGUUGUUUCUUUUGCCAGGUUCGGAUUACUUCGUUGACCUUACAAAGUGUUGUGGCUUUUGUCA